AUGACGGGCCAAAACUACAUCGACCAGACUUCUAUGCAUCCGGACGGACUAUCAGACCCCAUGCCCAGCAGGCGCACCUCAGUGGCACAGCCUCCUACCACAAUUUACCCAGACCUUAGAAGCCCUCCUUUCGCAGUCACAACUUUCAACCAUCAGGCGCAGCUUGGUGAAUCACAUAUGUUGACCCCAGUAUCUGGUGGCGGCUCGCCCUGCGUCCAACAACCAACAACUCUUCCCCAGUACCCCUCAGCAAUGACUCCCAUGCAACCCCAAUCCAGUCCGUCCGGACCCUCGAGGAUGGCCUGGCACAACACCGUUUCCAUGAGCGCUCCCCAGAGCCAGGUUGGCUCGCCGAUGGCGAUGAACCCUACCACAUCCGAGAGCCAUUUCGAGAUGAACUACAUCCAAGCAGAACCCGAGCAUGAACGCGAACCUCCCGAGGACUACUACUUCGGUAACUACACGGUUUCUGCGCCAUCUGAAUCGGAACAGGGCUCCAUUUCCCCCCAGAUGUCCCCGGCCUACUACAUGUCUCAACCCCCGCAGCAAAUGAUGCAGCCGCAUCCUAUCAUGAAUGAGUUAUCUAUGAGCCAGAUUCCGAAUCCUUCGCAAGCCCAGGCGCAGUAUUAUGCCCAGCCGCCGGCCAACACUUGGGUGGAAGAAUCCGAUAUCACAGCCUUCAAGUCUGAAGCUACCAGGAGGCGUAACUGGGGUUACGCCCUUCCAAGCACACAGAUACAACGGCCGGAAGUCGUUCAAAGAACCAACCGAACGCGCCAAAAUAACCCACAAGCAGCGGGCCGUUGCCAAAGAACACCCCGUGUCAGAGCUCGAGCCGAACAGCCUGAGACAGAAUCUUCUGAAGAGCCUAUCGCCGGUGACGAGAUUCAUCACAUCGACUUGCUCCCAGAUGAUUUCGUCAUCAAGGCGGAGUGCCCACAAGAGCUCCACUUCCUCUUCGAACGUCAGAGAGAGAUGAUAGUGCAAGGCGUCAAGGGUAGCGGGAUGUGGGACUUGAUUUCAAACGAGCACAAAGAAAGGUUCGAACACGCAAGUACAGCUGCACGUUUGCAGAUGCAAGUGACAAGAGGAAGAUCCAAUUUUUUGGAGUGGUCACCCAGAGACAAACAUAUUCUUAAGGACGCUUUCGAUUUCGUCGAUGCUCAGUAUUUCAAGAUGGUUCACCGCAAGUGGAAGGAGUACGGCGGCGGUCAGACAACUGCGUGGGGCUCAUCUGACGUUGAGUACCUGGCAGUCGAUCGUGGCAUGGUAGACUCGGGCUACACGCCCUUGCCCACCUCCCAGCAAGGGAAAUCGCGCAGAGGAAAGAAGAUGCUCACCCGUCUGAGGAAUAUCGCCACAAGCAGUGCUGUCUUGCUUGACGAAACAGCCGAAUCAACCUCGCCGCAGAACCCAGACAUGCGCCAACAAAUCAUCGAUGAGAUCUACGAGUACCGUGGCGAGGACCCUGAAGACGGUUUCGACGAAGACAUCAUAUUCAACAGGGCUCCCAGAACUCGCCCACGGGGCCGUCAAGUAGAGAUCAAGAUGGAGGAGGAGAGCCCUGAAGAGACGACCGCCUCCUCCAACAAGGCUAGAGGCAAGCAGCCGGCCAAGAAAAGAACGCCGGCGAAGCCUAGGGCCGUCAGAGGACGCAUCGCACCAAAGCCCAAGUUGUCUUGA